UAAUAGUUGCGAAUCAUGUCUGGCAGAGGUAAAGGCGGCAAAGGACUGGGAAAAGGAGGCGCUAAGCGUCACCGUAAAGUUCUGCGUGAUAACAUCCAGGGAAUCACCAAACCCGCCAUCCGUCGUCUCGCUCGCCGUGGUGGAGUCAAGCGUAUCUCUGGUCUGAUCUACGAGGAAACCCGCGGUGUGCUCAAGGUGUUCCUUGAGAACGUGAUCCGUGACGCUGUUACCUACACUGAGCACGCCAAGAGGAAGACCGUGACCGCCAUGGAUGUAGUUUACGCGUUGAAACGACAGGGACGCACUCUGUACGGAGCUUUUUAUUUGAUUAGUGGUGUACUCACAAUGGCUAGAACUAAGCAGACCGCCCGUAAGUCCACCGGAGGAAAAGCUCCAAGGAAGCAGCUCGCCACUAAGGCUGCCCGUAAAAGUGCACCGGCAACCGGCGGCGUUAAGAAGCCUCAUCGCUACAGACCCGGUACCGUGGCUCUGAGAGAAAUCCGCCGUUAUCAGAAGUCCACUGAGCUGCUGAUCCGCAAACUGCCCUUCCAGCGUCUGGUGAGAGAAAUCGCUCAAGAUUUCAAGACUGAUCUGCGUUUCCAGAGUUCCGCCGUCAUGGCCCUGCAGGAGGCCAGCGAGGCUUAUUUGGUGGGUCUGUUUGAGGACACAAACCUGUCGCUUGUGUACAGUUGAUGUGUUAUUAUACGUCGAAUUGUCACUGCGAUCAUGUCCGGAAGAGGCAAAGGCGGUAAAGGACUGGGAAAAGGUGGCGCUAAGCGUCAUCGUAAGGUUUUGCGUGAUAACAUCCAGGGAAUCACCAAACCCGCCAUUCGUCGUCUCGCUCGCCGUGGUGGAGUCAAGCGUAUCUCUGGUCUGAUCUACGAGGAAACCCGUGGCGUGCUCAAGGUGUUCCUUGAGAACGUGAUCCGUGACGCUGUUACCUACACUGAGCAUGCCAAGAGAAAGACCGUGACCGCCAUGGAUGUAGUUUACGCGCUGAAACGACAGGGACGCACUCUGUACGGGUUCGGCGGUUAGACCCCAACGAUCGGUCGUUAUAUCAAAGGCUCUUUUAAGAGCCACCCACAUUGUCAUAAAAGAGGCUUUAGACUACUUGAUAUUUGGUUUCUAGAGUAACUACAUAUUUUGAAAAUUAAUAUUCCAUGGGAAACCAGAUAGACGCAGUGAGGAGUGUCGCUGAUCAAAUCAAAGUCCUACCCUAAUUACUUAUAGUACUAUUGUAAUCUGUUCACAUCGCUAAAAACCAAAAUGAUAAUCAGAAAAACGUAAUAAUUGUCCUUUAUGUUCUUGUAUUGAGUCACUGAGCCACAUGGGGGCGCUAGUAGUUACUUUAGGGCCUAUAAAAGGGUAAAGGAAGAAUGUGUGGGAGGAUCAUUGUGUUGUCCAUGUGGCAUGCAGAGCUGUUUGCUGUUUAGCUCUGAAGCUAAUAAAUCUUGAUCUU